UUGGCGACCUCUAACCGGGAAAAGCCGAAAGACGCAACGGUGUAGCUAUAAACACCAAAACAGACAUAAAGCUUUACAUCAGUUUGAAUCAGUGACGCAGUACCCAGGACCAUGUAAAGGAAACAUUCAAAGUGAAUACAGAUGUGCCUUAGCCAUUUACUGAACCUGGAUUACCUGUUUUUGUUUCAAACCUAAGUCUAGCGUAGUCUAGGCAGGACGCAGGCAUUUAAGGAAGGCUGAGGAUGAUGCGUGAUGCCCUUGACGGUGAUGUCACUGAGUCUUCGAUUCAGCAGCUGCCAGAUCUGAUCUCUGAUUUCCUUCUCACUUUAGCAAUUUGUGACAUGUUUACUUUGGGAGAGGGAAACAGAUGUUAAGCCAUUAUUAGUACCGUUAUUUUUCGGAAGUAUUGCAAUUUUUAGCUAAUUGUGUAGAAUCUUGCAGCACAGUCUCGUAAGAAAUGGAUGAAUGGAAGUUGGUCCUGCGAUCCAAAAGGAUUGUAUUAAAGGGCAGGCUUACAAAAUAGGCACAAGGUAAAGGUUGCUGGUAUGGUGCGUAAAUAACUGAAGGCUUGGACUACAUUUCCAUGAAUGCCUAGAGACACAAUAAUAUUUACCUCAAGUGAGAGAGAAAAACGGUGCGUGUCUUACCCACAGUACGAAGAUUUUUGCAUUAGCUAAAAGAUGGAUAUGCAAUAUACUUCGCACUAACUACCAACAGUUAUCAAUGGAAGCACUGGAAAAGUGGAACCAGCAGGUAUCAAAAAUGGAAGACAGACCCUGCCUAGAAUCUACCAGUCCAUCAACGUAUACAGAAGGUGGUUUGUAUGAACAGCAAUCCAACACAUGUUUGAGUCCUGUGACAGCAAGUCACUGUCCUCCUGGUCAGCGUUGUUCAGACUCUGUGAUGUGCAGUUUGGAGCCUGAUUUUUCUCAACCGGCAUUGACUUCGAAGUAUGGCAUUGACCUUGCCAGCAGUCCCAGUGUGGUAAAAGUCAUUGAAGAGGACAGAGCUUUAUGGGGGAAGCAGGCAUUUGUAACAAAUACCUGUGGCCAACUGCCCCCUCUGGCAAGCACUGAAUUUACUGUGGAUGACCAAGGUAACAGCAGUCCUCACUUUGUCAGAUGUACAACAUACACAUUACCUACCUCAGCAGAGCUGGCAAACAUCUCCCAUUUUCCACUUGGUGUUCUUCUCAAACCUUUGGGAACAGUGCUGCCCAGUGAGGGCCCCAUACCUUUAGUGGACAUGGAAGGUACUGACCCAGUACAAUGUAGCACCUGCUCUGCAUAUGUCUGCCCCUUCAUGCAAUUUGUUGAAGCAGGUCAACGAUUCUGCUGCCCUUUCUGUUACUCACUAUCAGAUGUUCCAUGGAGGUAUUACCAGCACACUGAUCGCAUGGGUAAAAGAGUGGACCACCAUCGCCGAGCAGAGCUGACCCGAGGCACAUACGAGUUUCUUACUGAGGAACAUCCAAACAAGGUUACUGUCACCCCUGCAUUUAUUUUCUUAAUCGACGUGUCCCAGAAUGCUGUGAGACAUGGAGUAGUCCAUCAAGUCUGUGAAGAGUUAAAGCACCUGAUGUCCUCACCUGGGCAGAUGGGAGCUGAGAACUGUCAUUUUAAGGUUGGCUUCAUGACCUACAACACAACGGUACACUUCUACAACUUAAGCAGUUCACUGUCCCAGCCUCACAUGCUUGUACUUACUGAUGUGUCGGAACUUCAAGUGCCUUUAUUAGAUGGGCUGCUGGUUAGCAUCCACGAUUCCAGGUCUAACAUAGAAAGUCUGUUGGUUCAGAUCCCAUCUCUUUUUGCUGAACAGGAGAAGGAAGAAGAAACUGUGUUUGGAACAGCAGUGAAGGCUGGACUUGAAGCUGUAAAAAUUUGUGGAUGUCCUGGAAGACUGUUCCUUUUUCACACAUCUGUGCUGACUGCAGACAGGAAAUUGUCUAGUUGGAAUAUUGGUGCCUAUAAAUAUAAGUCUCCUUUUCAGCCUCAGGUUGCAUUCUAUCAGGACCUUGCGCAAGACUGUGUGUCGCACGGAUGCUGCGUAGACCUUUUCCUGUUUCCUAAUUCAAAAGGCAUUGAUAUAACUUCUGCAGGAUUCAUAUCUUUGGCAACAGGCGGAAGGUUUUACAAAUACAACAAUUUCCAGGCUAACCUGAAUGCUGCACAGUUCGCCACAGAUUUGAACAGAGCAUUACAGACGGAAAUGGGGUUCAGUGUAGAAGUGACACUGCUUACCAGCAAAGAACUCAAAGUAAAAGCCAUGUAUGGUGUGGUUGUUGAAUCAAAGUCUAAUAAGGUGAAACUUGCUGGGAUGGACAGCAAUAAAACAUUUGCUGUAGAGCUUGAACACUCUGGGAUCCUCAAAGAAGAGCAUGGAGCAUUUAUACAGUGUGCCUUGUCCUAUACUAAUUUCAGUGGUCAGAAGAGGAUCAGAGUUCACAAUAUCUCACUGAACUGUUCCAGUCAGCUGGUGGACACAUUUCGCCAGAGUCAAGCAGAAACACUAAUCACUUUUUUAUCAAAGGCUGCCUUUAGUGCGUUGCCGGACAGUCCCACAAAGUCCAUCCGAGAUGGAUUGGUGGAUCAAGUGACUCAUAUCUUGGCAUGCUAUCGAAAGAAUUGUGCUACCUCACUAGUAUCAGAAGGACAGCUUGUAUUGCCUCAGUUCCUGAAGGUUUUUCCAGUUUAUGCAAACUGUCUGAGAAAGAGUGAUGUCCUUCUACCAGGAGAUGAUGCAUCCAUUGAUGAACGAGCAUAUAUCCAACAAAUCCUUCUAUCCAUGGAUCCAGCAGAAACUGCAGUCUUCCUAUACCCCUGCAUAUUACCACUGCACAUUAUGACAGACAAUGCAGAGUGCUUUCCAAAUGCUGUGCGAUGCUCUUCAGUAAUGCUCUCUACAAAUGGAAUUUACCUGGCAGAGAAUGGAUUGAUCCUUGUACUCUGGAUUGGAGCAAAUGCACCUCAUGAGCUGAUUCAGUCUCUCCUUGAUGUUCCAGCAUUCAGUGCCAUCUGGUGUGGUGAGUAUUCACUGCCGGUACUGAAUACACCUUUCUCCCAGAAAGUUAGGAAAAUUGUUGAAAAAAUUCAGAAUCAACGCACCAGGUUUUUGAAGCUAUUUGUGGUUAAGCAAGGUGACACAAAGGAGAAGCUAUUCCAGUCACUACUAGUAGAAGAUAAGACCCCAAAUGGGGGAGCCUCGUAUCUGGAUUUUCUGUACCAUGUUCACAUCUCUGUGCUACGUCUGCAAAAAUGAAGAAUUUGAACUAGACACUGCUUACAAACUCUGACUUUUACAUUGCUGUACUCAGAAGUUUGAAUGCAAUUUGACUGGCCCAGGGCAAAACUAGUACAACACAGAUAUCUCUUUGCCUUAUGCAAAAGACAAGAGAAAACUGUUUAAUAUGUAUGAUACUGCUUGUUUUGAUUACUAGCCACGAUGGGAAAUUCAGCUUAUGCAGAUAUAUAUAUACACAAACACACACACAAACACACAUGCAUGCAUGCAGACACACACACACACACACACACACACACACACACACACACACACAGAACACGUGUCUGGGACUAGUGCACUGAAUGUGGAAGGACAGGUACUAGGUAGUAGGGUACAAAAGGUAUUUUUAUUACCUCUCCAAAUCUGUUGCUUGAUCAGUGAGCAAAGUUGCUGGGAAGAGAGGAACUCACAUGUUGAUUCUGGCACAUAAUUUUAUUCUAGGGCAAUCAGUAAAGGCCUUCAACCACCUUCUUAUGGGCCAUUUAAGGUUUUCAGUUUAAUAAAAAGGAGUUGUAUAUUAGCCACUUUAUAUUAAAAUUAUUUUUUCUCAGUAGUGCAUUACUGUAAUUAAAUGUUUACAUCACAAUUCCAUGGUUUUUAACAGUAACCUAAUGGUGCUGGCCAAAUAGAGAAGAGGAAGCUAUUAGUUCUGUGAUAUUAGUAAUAUGAACUAUGUUAGCAAGCUUAGAGUCAUGGGGCCAGCCAAAGGAGGGAGGAUUAAGUAACAUUGUGUGUGGCUCCCUCCCCUAGGGGUGUUGCAAAAGGGAGGGAUGCUGACACAAAAGACCCUGGGGGAACACACAUACACACACAGAUAUCAAAGUAGGUGGGGUGCAAGAGGGGAAGGUGAAAAUCAGCAGGUCACUAAAAAUUUUUUUUUUACCCACUAUGUCUCUGAAACUGAAAGUUCCACUUUGUCUCACAAAGGAGGAUAGUGGCCAGAUGUAUAGGAGAUUGUAUGGUGUCCUAAAAAUAAAACUAAUUGAUAUCACCGUGGACAUAAGUUUUUGCAUUUAUUUGGGGAUUGGGCAAAGAUUUUUAUUAGUCCUUCAUUUUUACUUACCUUUACUUUGCGGCUCAUAGAAAAAUCACAAAAACUGAUUUACUUCAGUAUAUUUUUUAUAUUCUUUUUCAGAUUAUGUAUUGUUAUUGUGCCUAAUCCUGCAGAAAUUGUACCAGAAUAUACUACCCACAUUACAGAUACUAAGCAGAUUAGGGGUUAUGGUAGUAAUUCAUACAGACCCUAAACACUGCAGUUCAUUUCCAUUUAUGAUGGUUGGCCAGUUAAUAGUUUACAAGUUGUGUUACUUAACUAAUGUCUACAGAGAUCAACAAUUCCAGAUUCACAAAUCAAAUUAGUAGAGCCAUAACAGCAUAGAAGAUGAAAUAUUGGUAAUUCUUUGGUCAAAUAAAUUAGUUUAUGUGGUGCUUCUGUUGCAAUAAAUAUAUCUGCUUAAAGUGA